ACGUGAUCGCUCUGCCAAAAUCCAGUAUGGCGGAAUUUGUCAGUGAGUGAUUCUCUCGCUGGCGCCGUCUCCAGCAGGAAUUCAAUAUAUUGCGUUUUUCUGGAUUGGAGUGGCCGCCUCCCCGGGGGCAGGACAAGUUGGUGGGCGGAGCCUGAGGAGGCAGAGCUCAGCCUGUGAGGAGAGGAGAGUGCCUCAAAGCUUCCCCUGCUGGGUGGUGCCUCGCUCGCUGGCCUCGGAGGAGCGGUGAGGUCCUCAGCUCACCUCGUGUGACAAAAACACAAGAUCCCCACCCCUCACCCAUCUCCACCUGCAGGGGAGUCACCGCCCACACGGGGGCGCCCCGCCGAUGAUGAGUUCCCGCAGUCACCCAGUGGAUGUGAGCUCGGCGCUGCCCUUGCGAGUGCCCCCCACCGCCAUUCCCAUGGACCUGCGCGUGGACCACCAGUUCGGCCUGGCGCCCAGCGUGAGCGCGGCCGACCCGACCCGGCGCGAGCAACAACUACAGCAGGAGCUGCUGGCGCUGAAGCAGAAGCAGGAGAUCCAGAGGCAGCUUCUCAUUGCCGAGUUUCAGAGGCAACACGAGCAGCUCUCCCGGCAGCAUGAGGCCCAGCUGCAGGAACACAUCAAGCAUCAGCAGGACCUGCUGGCUCUGAAGCACCAGCAGGAGCUCUUGGAGCACCAGCGUAAGAUGGAGAAGCAUCGGCACGAGCAGGAGCUGGAGAAGCAGCACCGGGAGAAGAAGCUCCUGCUUCUGAAGAACAAGGAGCGCGGCCAGGAGAGCGCAGUGGCCAGCACGGAGGUGAAGAUGAGACUCCAGGAGUUCGUCCUGAACAAGAAGAAGGCUUUGGCUCAGAGGAACCUAAACCACUGCCUGCCUGGAGACCCACGCUUCUGGUACGGGAAAACCCAACACAGCUCCCUGGACCAAAGCUCCCCUCCGCAGACGGGAAUGUCGGCUACCUACAACCACCCUGUCCUGGGAAUGUACGAUCCUAAAGACGACUUCCCCCUUCGAAAGACAGCGUCGGAGCCCAACCUGAAACUGAGGUCGCGACUGAAGCAGAAGGUGACAGAGCGACGUAGCAGCCCACUGCUUCGCCGGAAGGAUGGCCCCAUCAACACUGCCAAGAAGCGCUCGCUGGACAUGGCCGACUCAGCGUGUAACAGUGCCCCCGGUUCUGGGCCCAGCUCUCCCAACAACAGCUCCAGCAACAUCACCAACGAGAACGGCAUCGGCAGCCCUGUGGAGCCGUCCCUGGCCCAGCGGCUGGUCAGCCGGGAGGGUGCUGUGAGUCAGCUGUCUCUGUACACGUCGCCUUCACUCCCAAACAUCACCCUGGGUUUGCCUGCCACCGGCCCCUCCAGCUUUGUCCCCGAGGUUUUACGCAAGGGGCCAGGGCGGGUAGUGGUUCUCCGUAAAGCUGAGCAGUGCGACCUCCUCCUGCCCCAGAUGAUGACCAAGCCCAGCGAACCCAGCCGGCAGCAUGAGAGCCAUCCGGAGGAGACGGAGGAGGAGCUGUCAGAGGCUGAGGGCCUGCCCAGGGGGGUCACCAUCAAGCAGGAGCCCCCUGAGGAGCCAGAAGAGGAGCAGCAGCUGCAGAGGGAGAGGCAGGCUGAGCAAGAGCUGCUCUUCCGGAAGGUAGGAGGCACGGGCUCUGGCGAUGUCAUCACACUACUUGGGUGUGGCUCAGAUGACAUCAUCACAGUGCUAGAAGUUGGGCUCAGAUCCAUCCGCGGUCGGAAGGCCACCCUAGAGGAGCUGCAGUCUGUCCACUCUGAGGCCCACGUCCUGCUCUACGGCACCAAUCCGCUGCGGCAGAAGCUGGACAGUUCAGUGACACCCAUGUUCGUCAGGCUGCCCUGCGGCGGCAUCGGGGUGGACAGUGACACCAUCUGGAACGAGGUACACUCCUCCAGUGCUGCCCGUUUGGCUGUGGGCUCCGUUGUCGAGCUCGUCUUCAAAGUGGCGUCUGGAGAACUAAAGAAUGGAUUCGCUGUGGUGAGGCCCCCAGGGCACCAUGCUGAAGAGAGCACUCCUAUGGGAUUCUGCUACUUCAACUCGGUGGCCAUUGCUGCCAGACUGCUACAGCAGAGGCUCAGUGUUAGCAAGAUCCUCAUCGUGGACUGGGAUGUUCACCAUGGCAAUGGGACGCAGCAAGCCUUCUACAGUGACCCCAAUGUCCUGUACUUGUCCCUCCAUCGCUAUGACGAUGGCAACUUCUUCCCCGGCAGUGGCGCCCCCGAUGAGGUGGGCACCGGUCCCGGAGUGGGAUUUAACGUCAACAUGGCCUUCACUGGAGGCCUGGACCCCCCCAUGGGAGAUACAGAGUACCUGGCAGCUUUCAGGACCGUGGUGAUGCCCAUUGCCAACGAGUUCGCCCCGGACGUGGUGCUGGUUUCCUCGGGUUUCGACGCUGUGGAGGGCCACCCAUCCCCCCUGGGAGGAUACAGACUGACGGCCAAAUGCUUCGGAUAUCUGACCCGGCAGCUGAUGGGGCUGGCCGGCGGCCGUGUGGUGCUGGCCCUGGAGGGCGGCCACGACCUCACCGCCAUCUGUGAUGCCUCUGAGGCGUGUGUCUCCGCCCUGCUGGGGAACGAGCUGGAGCCGCUGCCCCAGGAGGUGCUGCAGCAGAGGCCCAACCCCAACGCCGUGCGCUCCAUGGAGAAGGUUCUGGAGAUCCACAGUAAAUACUGGCCUUCGGUGCAGCGACACGCCUCCACGCUGGGUUACUCCCUGAUCGAGGCCCAGAAGUGUGAGACAGAGGAGGCGGAGACCGUCACAGCCAUGGCCUCCCUAUCUGUGGCCGCCAAGCAAAUGGAGAAAAGGCCGGAGGAGGAGCCUAUGGAGGAGGAGCCUCCCAUGUAGUGGCGGCCCAGGGGGGCUGCUUUGAGACAUCUACACGCAGAAAGGGGGCAACAUCAGAGUCCACGACUCCACACUGCCCGUCACCUAUCUCCGUUUCUUUUUAGCCCCGCCCCCCCUUCCCCACUUCCCCUUCCUGGCCGCAUCCUAUCGGCGGCGGCUCACCGGGGGGGGACGGGCACAGCGCCUGAGAACGGGGAAGCCGAAACGGACCGAAGACAAACUGAGACUCCGCUCUGGAGUAACGCGUGCAGGCCCUGACGGUGGAGGCUUUAGGCCUGGUCCACGGACGGAGCGCUUUGUUUUUACACGGGAUGCGGGAGCCGUGCUUUUGAGCCACCCGACGUGGUCGGCAAGACGUGCCCUGUCGCCGGGGCGAUGCACAGCGGCCCCUCCCUUCCUCCCAUCCUCGGGGUUUCCGUCCCCUUUAUUAAACGACGGGACUUUACGAGAAACCGAUCUCAUUCCGUUCAUCCAAUUUGAUAACUACUGCUUUGAAGGACACGUCACGGAGAACCCGGGAAUGCCGGUGGGAUGAGCACCGGCUUCCUGGGGGAAGAGGACGCUUCUCGCCGCCGGUGCCUCGCUCCGGCUUUUGCAAGCAUGUGGGGAAUACUGAACGUUCGUGCCUUUUUUUUCGUUUUAUGUUCUGUUUUGUUCGUUUUUAAAAGACCUAGCUGGUUAUCGUGAUGAAUUCAGAUGAACGUUGCCUUAAGUCAUGUAAUCGAGAGAGCCUUUCCCCCAACCCCAAAUCCCACCACCCUGGGAAGGACGGACACGGUUCUGCCACAGAAGGACAUGAACCGUCAGCACGUGGGCAGCCUUUGGUUUGCCCAGUUUUGGAGGAUUUUGCCCCCCACCCAAACCCCCUUAUUUCCACCCAAACCCCCUUAUUACCCCCUUAUUAAGAUGUAAAUGAACAGGACUGUAAGGUAGUUGCCGAUUUAAUAGGGGCCAAUGUUGUGAGAUGGCAUCCAAGCUGAAGUGUCCCUCUGACCGUUAGGGUCACCCCAUGUAGCGCCUGUCCUAACCCUCGACCAAAUAAGACGUCUGUUUUUCUAGGAAAUUAAGGAGCAUGUCCUGUACCAUACUGUACCGUACCAGAGCAGCUUGCCAGCCGCUGUUUAAGAUGCUAACAAAGUCUUAGUAGAGAAAAAGAAAACAAAAAAACAAAAAAAAAACAAAGCAUGAGUUUGCUUUCAGCUGAAG